AAUUGGUCUGUUAAAGAAUCGCUCAAAUUUAUUGUGAUUGUGCAGGUUUAAUUUUCUAUUUUUUCCACCUAGUAAUUGGACCAUCUCGCUUAAUUUUCAACCAAUUUUUUCUUCGUUUCCACUUCCAUUUAUCUGAUAUCUGUGCUUUAUGUAGCUCAUUUGGGGGUACCAGUUGUAGAGAUUUUUCUGUUAACCGAAACCCAAAUCAAAAUUUUUGUUCCACGAUUUUUCUAUUUGUUAGUUUGGCUCAUUUUUUCAUCAUGAUUUUCUCAUAUUCCAUAUAAUUUGAGGAUUUUUUGAACCGAACCGACUGUGGAUUUGUUUGGUUCAUUUCCUUAUUUCCAAUGACUUUCCAAAAAUGGACAACCCUAAUUCCGAUUUUAUUAUUUGGCUUGUUAUCCUUUUCUGACUUCCCUCCCUUAUCAUGUUUUUUUGUUUAAUUUAUUUAAAAUUAAUUUUUUUACAGCUAACCUCAACAUUUUUGCUUGUAAUAUUUUCUUUACUUUUGUUUAUCUCAACAAGCGUAGUUUAUACCUUUUAUAAAAUUGAAAUUUUUGGAAGUUGUGCGUUAGCAAUGGCUGCAUUAAUUGCUCUUAAACAAUUUUUACCAGACACAGUUCUUUUUACUACACCCUAUGGAAGACUAAAAAAUGGACAUUUACCGAUUUGUUCGUUCUUUGUGUUUUUGAUAUGUUGGAUAAUUGGACUUGUUAGAGGGACUGUUAUUUUUCAAAUUAUGUUAUCUCUUCAAAUCAGCUGGACAUAUCUACGAUUUUUUCAAGAAAGAGGUGGUAUGGGUGAACAAGUAGUUGGUGAUCGAAGUGAACAUUUUUGUUGGGCAAGUUUCUUCCCAAGAAUUAUUCAACCUUUUGCUACCUUAAUUGGCCGUUUUACAUUUCGUUCACUUCAUCGUUUUGGAUUGUUAAAACGAGUUAUUGGAAAAGAACAUUUGGAUUAUAUGCAAGAGAACAGUCUUCAAAUGGAAGCAUUGGAAUGUAUUCAAGUUAAAAGUGUUGGGACUGCUGUGUUGGCACCGGAAGGUUGGGAUUCGGAAAGGAAAAGACAAAAAGCUUUGAGAAUGUUAAACGAACGAUUAAUGGCUAGCAAUGCAAUUAAUUCCCCGCCAGAAAACAACCAAAAACAACUACAUGAAUCCCCUUCAAGUCCACAAUUAACAAAAGGAUUUGGGGGAUUUGAGGAGGAGGAAAGGCCUUACAAAUUUGCACAAUUUCAACAAACUUUACCUCCUAAAGAUGAUGAAGAAAAUAAUGAAGAAUUGACAGCAAUAAAUAUAAUAGAUGAAUUAAAUGAAAAUGAGGAGAGGCGAUGA